ACUAUCCGUGGAUGAGCAAACAUCUCGCACUAAAUAUAUUUAAUUAUUGCAAGUUUUUUUUAUCACAUUUCAUAUUUCAAAUAUGUCUAUUUAUAUAUACUUGUUAUGUUUUAUUUAUCUCAGCAGUGAAUGUAGUGCAUUAUCAAGUAAAAAUCAACUGAAUAUUGGUGUAGAUUUGGAUCAAAGCAUUAAUAGUACAUCGAUAAGGCAAGAUUUGAACACUACUAUCACAGAGAAGGCCGACAAUGUUCAAGAAAAAGUAUCGAUACAAUUGUAUUACGAAUGCUUGUGUCGUUUCUGCAAACAAUUCUACACUGAAGUUUUUAUACCUACGAUAAGAGAACUUGGUGAAUACUUGGACGUUCGGACAUAUCCCUACGGCAACGCUUGGACAAGUGAACGCAAUGGAUCUUACGUAUUCGACUGCCAGCAUGGUAGGGCAGAGUGCUACGGCAACAAACUGCACGCGUGCGCCUUAGACUUACUGCAGAACAAGACUCAAGCCCUAGUCUUCAACUCGUGUUUGAUGGUCGGUAAUUCAGAGGAUAGCGAUGCAGAUCAGUGUGGCAAAGAACAGAACGUGGAUGCAGAUUCUAUAAAAGAGUGCGCGAAAGGCGAUAAAGGCACAUUACUUCUCAAAUAUUACGGCGAUGAAAGUGCCAAGGGACACUAUAGGUACGUUCCUUACCUCAAAAUCAACGGAAAACAUAGGGCAAGGGCUAACUUCAUGCAUAAAGUCUGUAAGAUCUUUACUGUACCACCUCCUCCAUGUGUGGAGGUUCUUAAGAGCGACGAGGAUGAAAAAUAAAUAAGUUUUAAGUAA